GGCCGGCUCCAGGGCAUGCAUGGCCCGGCCUCGGUUCUGCAGUGGAGGCUGAAGGGCGCGGUCGUCGCCUGCUGGUCUCCGGGCUUGGUGCUCUGCAGCCGUGGGAGCCCGCUGAGAGCGGGGGGCUGAGAUUGGGGCGUGGGGUCGUGUCUGUCCUGGGGGUGCCGAGGCCAGCAGGGCUCAGGACAGCAUCUGUCAUGCAGCUCCUCGCCCGCUUUUUGGCUCCCCAGGGCAGGAGAUUCUGCAAAGAGUCCAACAUGCUUUCCUCGGGCUGCAGGGACAAAGGAAGGGAACAAGGCAACGACUGUCAUCCCUGGCUGAGACAUGUCAGGGUGCAGGGAGGGUUCUGAUCUGGGGGUAAUGGGGCUCCUAGAAGGUGUCUCUAAAAUGCUGGCCGCCUUCCUGCUCCCAGACCCCUGGCCAAAAGCCCAUAGAGGGGGAAGGAACUUUUAUUUUUUAAAUGUGGGUGUUGGGGUUUGGGCCACUGGACUCAGCUUCAGUAUCACUUCUUGUGGUGUUCAGGACCAGUGAAUGGUGCAGAGGAAGAAUUGAAGGCUAGGUAGGGGUCUAAGCCCUGGACUGCCUGGCCCUUCAGUUGUGCAUUUCAACCCAGAGAGAAGAUGUCUGCAAAUAGAAGUGGCAUCCAGGCUGCUCGGGACAAGGGAGGUGCCCAGGAGGCAGCAGGAGGCAGAUGCCCAGGCCCGGAGUCAUGCCCAGAGGCUGAGGAACGUGGAGCCACCCUGGAGUCUCUGCUCAUUAAGAUGGAACCGGAAGAGCUGCCACCUGCAGGGGUGUUGCCAGAGAGCAGCAUCUUGGGAGCUCAGGGCUCUGAGGAGAAAGCCCCCCUCCUGCUUGACCAAGGCCCCGAAGCCUUCCGGGUCCCCACACUCUCCCGUGAGGCCAGGACUCGGGAUCGGCAGAUGGCCACAGCACUACUCACCGCCUGGUCACAGAUGCCUGUGACCUUCGAGGACGUGGCACUCUACCUGUCCAGGGAGGAGUGGGGGCAGCUGGACCAUGCACAGCAGCAGCAGUGGAGUGGGCUGCCCUUGGGAACCUUGCAGGUGGGCCAAGUGGAGCAGGAUGCCACUGAAGAUGGGAAGCCCACCAGAAGAGGGGCAGGGGGCACCGCCCAGGACCCAAGGCCUACCCUUCUGGAGCCUGGCUCCCAGGACCCAGGGGACCCAGACUGCUCCCUGGAGAGCCGUGCCAAGAUCCCGGAGGGCGCGGCGGCGGGCCGGCGGGCCUUCCGCUGCGAGCAGUGCGGCAAGGCUUUCAGCUGGCACUCGCACCUGGCCACACACCGCCGCACGCAUACGGGUGAGAAGCCCUACACCUGCACCGACUGCGGCAAGCGCUUCAGCCGCAGCUCGCACCUGCUCCAGCACCAGAUCAUCCACACGGGCGAGAAGCCCUACACCUGCCCGGCCUGCUGCAAGAGCUUCGGCCACCACUCGACGCUCCUCCAGCACCGGCGCAUCCACACGGGCGAGAAGCCCUACGCCUGCACCGACUGCGCCAAGCGCUUCGCCCGCCGCUCCGACCUGGCCACGCACCAGGGCACGCACACGGGCGCCAGGCCCCACCGCUGCCCGGCGUGCGGCAAGGGCUUCUCGCAGAGCUCGGCCCUCGCCACGCACCAGCGCACGCACACGGGCCUCAAGCCCUACGCCUGCCCCGAGUGCGGCAAGUGCUUCAGCCAGCGCUCCAACCUCCUGGCGCACGGCCGCACGCACACGGGCGAACGGCCUUACCACUGCCUCGACUGCGGCCGCAGCUUCAGCCACAGCUCGCACCUCACCGCGCACCAGCGCACGCACCGCGGCCUGCGGCCCUUCGCCUGCCCCGGCUGCGGCAAGAGCUUCAGCCGCCGCUCCAACCUGCUGCGCCACGAGAAGAUCCACGGCGCCCGGCCCAAGGCCCUGGCCCUGCUGGUGCUGGGAGCGGCUACCGCGCCCCCUGACCCCAGAAACACGAAAAACGUGGGAGAAACUGAGAAAGUGGAGAGCUCCAAGAACCUAGAUGCACAGCUGCGCCUCGACCACAAGAACUCGCUGCUCAUUGGCUGCUCUUCGGCGAAAGACGAGCGCAUCCGCGAGCUGAGCGCGGUUUCCGGCGCGGACUCCUUGACAGCGGCCCUGGACGCCCCGUGCACGGGCUGUGGGCGGCGUGUCCGGCCCGACGGCGCGGCCGCGGGGUGCGAGGUGGCUCGCCGGGCCGGGGUGGGGGCGCGGGGCUCCAUCCGGGCCCCGUUGUCGCCUGCGCGUCCUGGAUGCAGGUCCAACUGCCCCUUGGGUGCCCUCUGGGAGACUGAGGCGCUACUGCUGGCCCUGCUGGAGCUGCAGGCCUGGGGCAUGGCUGCCACACUGGUGUCCCCGGACCAGACCCCUGGAGAAGGGUUCCUGAUCGUGAAGGUGGAAGAUUCCUGGGAGCAGGACAGUGCUCCUGAGGUCGCCGGGGAGGCCGAGACCUACCGCCAGCGCUUUCGGCACUUCUGCUACCCAAUGGAGGCUGGCCCGCACGCGGCCUUCAGCCAACUGUGGGAGUUGUGCUGUCGCUGGCUGAAGCCCGAGCUGCGCUCCAAGGAGCAGAUCCUGGAGCAGCUGGUACUGGAGCAGUUCCUGAGCGCACUGCCCGAGGAGCUGCAGGCCCGGGUGCGCGAGCAGCAGCCUAAGAGUGGUGAGGAGGCCGUGGCCUUGGUGGAGGAGCUGCAGAAGCGGCCUCAGGACGUGUCCAGUCAGGAGGUAGAGGUCAAGGCAGUGCCGGGAGCCCAGGCCAGGAGACUUCCCAUGUCAGUGGGGGCACAGGGCCAGCCUGGCCCCCAGGAGCAGCACAGUCUUGAUGACUCUGCCUUUUCUGCAGCCCUGCGUCCUGCUUUCCUUAAAGAGGGGAGUCCUCAAGACGCCAUGGACACCAGCUUUGCCUCUGGGGGGCCUGUGACCUUUGGAGACAUUCCCUUCUACUUCUCCCGGGAAGAAUGGAGGUCCCUGGACCCCGCGCGGAGGGACCUGUUUUGGGACAUAAAGCGGCAGAACUCCCGGAGCAUAGUCCUAGGUUUGGGGCACCAGAGUCGAAUCGAGAGACCCCGGCUGAACGUAGCAACGUCCACGCGCUUGGGACAGGCAGGCGACAAGGCCGAGGACAUGGCUGACGAUGGGCAGAAGUCCUGGCGCUCGGAGGAUGAGGUGGCAGCAGCUGCGGUGGUGGAGACGGUGGAGGAGGAGGAGGAGGAGGAGGAGGCGGCGGCCUGGGUCAGAAUGGGGACAGUGAGGGUGUCGGGAACCCGGGCAGCUGGGACUUGGCGUGGCCACACCGAGAAGCCACACAGCUGCAGCCAGUGCGGCAAGCGCUUUCGCUGGGGCUCAGACUUGGCACGCCAUCAGCGCACACACACGGGGGAGAAGCCUCACAAGUGCCAGGAGUGUGACAAGAGCUUCCGCAGCUCGUCGGACCUGGCCCGCCACCAGGGCGUGCACACGGGCCAGAAGCCCUUCUCCUGCCUGGCCUGCGGCAAGAGCUUCAGCCGCAGCGCCUACCUGGCCAGCCACCAGCGCAUCCACACCGGCGAGAAGCCGUUCAGCUGCAGCGACUGCGGCAAGAGUUUCUCGCUGCGCUCCUACCUGCUGGACCACCGGCGCGUCCACACGGGCGAGCGGCCCUUCAGCUGCGGCGAGUGCGACAAGAGCUUCAAGCAGCGCGCCCACCUCAUCGCGCACCAGAGCCUGCACGCCAAGAUGGCCCAGCUGGUGGGCUGAGUGCCCUGUCCCUACCUGCGUGGCCCCCCAGUCUCUCUGGCUAACAGAAGCCCAGCACAUUUCCGAGGGGGACUUGCCCCAGGAGAAACCCUGGACAGCAGGAGUGAGAGGGCAAGACAGGACCCGGUU